AUGGCAGACGCGUCAUCCCCCGCAGGCGACGAGUAUGGCAGGACGGCGCCUCCCGCGCCGCUCACUCGAUCGCCUGCCUCGCCGCAGGAGACGUGGGCCGAAGAUGAAUGGGUUCAUUCGCGUCGACCUGCGAUGUCCAUUUCCAACAUUCUGAACGAUCACCCGUCGUCCAGCUCCGAAGAGCCACCUGCUGGCCCUUCCACGUCAUGGGCCACGGAGCCGCGUAUGUCGUCGCCGCCGCUGCCUGACGACCCGGAUGCAUUCCCUACCGCAGCACAGGGCUCGAUCGCGUCGUCUUCACGCGCGCCUUCUUCGUCGCCUACAGCCACACGAACCUUGUCUCGUGUGCCUUCCUCUCGCUCCAUGCAGGCCUCUACGCGUGCUAUGGAAGAAGAGUCGGCGUGGGAUAGUGACUUGUCUGCCGACGAGAAUGUGCCAUUGUAUGCGGCCGAGCUGGCAUCGUACUGCCAGGAACGGCAAGCGCAUGAAACGCGGAUGGCGUCAGCCUAUACGACGCUGCUACAGGACCGCCAACGCUCUAUGGUACAGCGUCUAUGCGAACGUUAUGAAAAGCGGUUCUUGGCGGCCCAGCGUCGGGCGCAAGCGAAGCGCUCUGUGCCGGCCACGGAUGCCGAUGCCAAGGCCAUAGCGUCGACAUACGACGAUGACGACAUUGAUAUGGAGCUACUGGAUACGCUCUCCGACACAAAGCGCUCCCGUCGAGCUUCCAGCUCGGAUUACCUGGACGAGCUGGUGGCGGAUGUGAGCCUGCCUGACGACCAUGGCUACGGCCAAGGCGAGCCCAUUCCCGAACUGAUUGAUCCUGACACAGGUGCACUUCGUGGCCCUAUACCCAUCGGCGCUCGCCGUGCGGCCAUGUUGUCAGAAGCUCACGAUCGUGUAUGGACCCUGAUUGCGAAGCGUGAUAUCCCGAAAGUAUACCGUACGGUGGUGGCUAGUGCCACGAAUAAGGCCAUGUACUGGCGCCGUCUCUCGAUGGUCGUGCAGCGAGAGGCCCGUCGUGGCGCUGCCCGCAACAACAAGUCGACCAAGGAUAUCCAACUGCGGGCCCGCAAAGUCAUGCGUGAGCUAUUGCUGUACUGGAAGCGCAACGAACGUGAAGAGCGUGAUCUGCGCAAGAAGGCCGAGAAGGAAGCGCUGGAGAAGGCCAAGAAGGAGGAAGAAAUGCGCGAGGCCAAGCGACAGGCCCGUAAGCUGAAUUUCUUGAUCACACAGACCGAACUGUACAGUCACUUUGUGGGCAACAAGCUCAAGACGGCCGAAGCCGAGGAGUCGGACGAGACGGCAGGUGAUGCCGCCACGAAAGCGGCCGCCACCACGUCGAGUGGGUCUGAUUCUGUAGCGUCUGUGGAUCCUGACGCGGCCCUGCAGGACAUUGACUUUGAUGAUGAGGACGAGUCGAAUUUGCGGGCGCAUGCCGCUCGUAAUGCGACGGAGGCCGUGCAAGCCGCCCGCGAAAAGGCGCAAGCGUUCGAUGCGGCGGUCGCCCAGGAGCGCCGCAAACUGGCCGAGCAGCAAGGGGAUGCCGGUGAGGCUCCGCAGCCGUUCUCGGCAGACGACAUGGAUUUCCUGAACCCAACGUCGAUGGGUGCGACCGAAGUCACUCAGCCAAAAAUGCUCACGUGCACUCUCAAGCCGUACCAACUCAAAGGGUUGUCGUGGCUUGCGAAUCUGUACGAGCAGGGCAUCAAUGGCAUUCUUGCCGACGAGAUGGGUCUCGGCAAGACGGUGCAGAGUAUUUCGCUGAUGGCGUACCUGGCCGAAGUGCACGAUAUCUGGGGCCCCUUCUUGGUGAUUGCGCCUGCCUCGACGCUGCACAAUUGGCAGCAGGAGAUUACCAAGUUUGUCCCCGCGCUCAAGGCACUGCCGUACUGGGGCAAUGUCAAGGACCGUGCCGUGCUGCGCAAGUUUUGGAACCGCAAGCAGAUCUCUUACGACCGCGAUGCGCCUUUCCACGUGCUUGUCACGUCGUACCAGCUGGUCGUCAGUGACGAGAAGUACUUCCAGCGCGUCAAGUGGCAGUACAUGGUGCUGGACGAGGCGCAGGCGAUCAAGUCGAGCUCCUCAAAUCGAUGGAAGACGCUGCUAGGCUUCCAUUGCCGCAACCGUCUGCUUCUUACGGGUACGCCUGUGCAGAAUUCAAUGCAGGAACUGUGGGCGCUCUUGCACUUUAUCAUGCCUAGCUUAUUCGACUCGCACGACGAGUUCAGCGAGUGGUUCUCGAAGGACAUUGAGAACCAUGCCGAAAACAAGGGCACGCUCAACGAGCACCAGCUGCGUCGUCUGCACAUGAUCCUCAAGCCAUUCAUGCUGCGUCGUGUGAAGAAGAACGUACAGAACGAACUGGGCGAGAAGAUUGAGAUUGACGUGUUCUGCGAACUGUCCGCUCGUCAAAAGAUGCUGUACCAGAACCUGCGCUCUCAUGUCUCAGUCGCAGAGCUUGUGGACAAGGCCGCGACCAACGAUGAGUCGGGCCUCAAGAGCUUGAUGAACUUGGUUAUGCAGUUCCGCAAAGUGUGCAAUCACCCAGAACUGUUUGAGCGGGCGGAUGUACGCGCGCCGUUGGCCAUGGCGGAGUUUGCAUCGUCGGCGGCGCCGCCACGCGACACAGAUCUACUUUCGUGCUCGUAUACCUCCAAGUCGCUGCUUGAUCGCGAGAUCCCACGGUUGCUCGUCCAAGAUGCCAUUACGCAUGUCCCUACCGAAUCGAAUCGCGUGGGCUUUGAUACGCAGUACUUGGACCAUUUGUUCAACAUUUGGCGUCGCCCCUAUAUCCACGAAGCUGUGCAUACACCGUCCUCGCGGACGUUUGACUUUGUGCCGUUCUUCCAUCUGCAACCGAGUGACGUCGAAGCGACAUUCCAUGGGCCCACGCUCACGCGGCUCGUGCGCGACGUGGACGAGGCACACACAUGGGCACAGUGUGCGCCGUACAUGCAGCCCGACUGGGCGGCCUCCGCUUUGCGUCGUCGUGGUUACGUGCACCAGCCGUUGCCAUGGGCGCAUGAGCGCCCGACGCCUACGCUUGUGCCCCUCGGCGACAUUGUCUCGCAUGUGCUUGAGGCACGUGGUGGUAUGGAUUUGCAAGCCGCCAUCCCUGCUGCCGUGGCGCCUAUGCCGCGUCUGCAUGCCAACGACCGUACCUUUUACGACCGUACGCAGCGCGAACGGACCGACAUCGGCUUGGAGCAGACGCUGUUUGGCCUCCCGUCCAUGGCUGCCGAAGACCCUGCCCAAGUCUCUCGUAUGCAGCAACGUCUGCCUGGCAUUCCCCCGCAGGGCCUCGUGUCGCGAUCGCCUGCGUGGCAGCUGUGGGCGACGCCCAUGCAAGUGCCACGUAUGGACAAACUUAUUGUGGAUUCGGCCAAGUUGGCGCGUCUGGAUUCACUCUUGCGUGAGCUCAAGGCAGGCGGUCAUCGUGUCCUCAUUUACUUCCAAAUGACGCGUAUGAUCGACUUGAUGGAAGAGUACCUCAUCUACCGUCAGUACAAGUACUUACGCUUGGACGGUGCUUCCAAAAUCUCGGAUCGUCGUGAUAUGGUUACGGACUGGCAGACGCGUCCGGAGCUGUUUAUUUUCUUGCUUUCGACGCGUGCUGGUGGUCUCGGUAUCAAUUUGACGGCCGCCGAUACGGUCAUUUUCUACGAUCACGACUGGAAUCCAUCGAACGAUUCCCAGGCCAUGGAUCGCGCGCACCGUCUGGGCCAGACCAAGCAGGUUACUGUAUACCGCUUGAUUACCAAGGGCACGAUCGAUGAGCGUAUCGUCAAAAUGGCACGCAACAAAAAAGAGGUGCAGGAUAUCGUCGUGGGCAACAAGGCGUACUCUGAGUCUGGCAUGGCCAAACCCCAAGAGAUUGUCUCGCUCUUGUUGGACGACGACGAGUUGGCCGACUCCAUGCUGCGUCGCAAGCAGGCCGACGAGGCACAGCAAGCGCAGGACAAGGCUGACAAUGCACGUGCUAUGCAUGCACGUCGCAAGCAAAACAAGGCGGCGCAGCGCGAGUCCACCUCAGUAGUAGCGCCAGGCGUGAAUUGGGCGUUGGACGACGACGAAGACGACUUUUUCGGGGCCAAGCCACCACCGCCUGAUGAGCCGGAGGAAAGCACCAAGCAACCACGAAAACGCGUCAAGCGCGAGUCGGAUGGCAAGCGGCGUGGCAAGGGUGCUGCAGCAGAUGCCGCUACGACUACAGCGUCUGCGUAA